AUGGAAGAGCCAAAACAGAGAGCUCUCUCUCUCUCUCUCUCUCUCUCUCUCUCUCUCUCUAAAUUAGUUAUGGUGGAAGUGGAGAGAGUGUUCAUAGGAGCAGGGUGCAACAGAAUAGUGAACAACGUCUCAUGGGGCGCUUCUGAUUUAGUCGCCUUUGGUGCUCACAACGCCGUCUCAAUCUUCUGCCCCAAGACUGCGCAGAUUCUAACUACGCUUCCUGGUCACAAUGCUUCCGUGAAUUGCACCUACUGGCUUCCUUCUACCAAGUUCGCAUUUAAAGCAAAAAAUUUGGAGCUGCACUUUUUACUGUCCGGAGAUGCCGAUGGUGCCAUUAUUUUGUGGGAAUUGUCUCUAGCAGACAAAAAGUGGAGGUAUGUAUUACAAGUGCCACAACCACACAAGAAAGGCGUUACAUGCAUUACUGGAAUUAUGAUUUCUCCAACUGAUACAGUGUUUGCAUCUACGUCUUCUGACGGUACAGUUUAUGUAUGGAGAUUGGUCCUUCCGUCUUCGUCCGGAGGUGACUGUAAAUUAACAUGUCUGGAUUCUCUCUUUGUUGGUUCAAAACCUAUGGUUGCGCUUUCUCUAGCAGAGUUGCCUGGAAGUACUGGGCACCUUGUCCUGGCAAUGGGGGGAUUGGAUAACAAAAUCCAUCUUUACUGUGGUGAUAGGACAGGAAAAUUUGUUCGUGCUUGUGAUUUAAAAGGGCAUACUGAUUGGAUCAGAAGUUUGGACUUCUCAUUACCUGUAUGCACAAAUGGUGAAGCAAAUAAUCUUUUAUUAGUAAGCUCAUCUCAAGACAGAGGCAUACGCAUAUGGAAGAUGGCUCUAGCUAACUCUAAAAGGAAAGAAGAAAUAAGCUUGGCUUCUUAUAUUGAAGGUCCAGUAUUUGUAGCUGGCUCACACUCCUAUCAGAUAUCAUUGGAAUCACUUCUCAUUGGACAUGAGGAUUGGGUGUAUUCGGUGGAAUGGCAACCCCCUUUAAGUUCAUCUGAAGAUGGGGUUGAGUGUCAUCAACCUCAAAGCAUUUUAUCUGCGUCCAUGGACAAGACAAUGAUGAUCUGGCAACCCGAAAGGACCACUGGUAUCUGGAUGAAUGUGGUUACAGUUGGAGAGUUAAGUCAUUGUGCUUUAGGAUUCUAUGGUGGGCACUGGAGCUCAAGUGGAGAUACUAUUUUAGCCCAUGGAUAUGGUGGAUCUUUCCAUCUCUGGAGAAAUGUUGGUGUUGAUGUAGACAACUGGAAACCACAAAAAGUUCCCUCUGGGCACUUUGCAGCAGUGACAGAUAUUGCAUGGGCCAAGUCUAGUGAAUAUUUGCUGUCAGUCAGUCAUGAUCAGACCACAAGGAUUUUUGCUCCAUGGCUUAGUGAACCUCAUUUGAAAAAUGGGGACUCUUGGCAUGAAAUUGCUCGUCCUCAAGUUCAUGGCCAUGAUAUUAACUGUGUCACAAUCAUCCAAGGGAAGGGCAACCACCGUUUUGUGAGUGGGGCUGAUGAGAAAGUUGCCAGAGUAUUUGAAGCACCUCUGUCUUUUUUGAAGACAUUGAAUCAUACAACUUUACAGAAAUCUACUUUUCCUGAAGACAUGCAAGCUCAUAUUCAGAUUUUGGGUGCGAAUAUGUCUGCCCUUGGGCUAUCACAAAAACCUAUUUAUGUUCAAGCUCCACAUGAGACCCCAGACAGAAAUGGUAGUGAUGGCCUUGACACAAUCGAAACUAUUCCAGAUGCAGUUCCAGUUGAAUUUACCGAACCUCCAAUUGAAGAACAAUUGUCAUGGCAUACAUUAUGGCCAGAGUCACACAAACUCUAUGGUCAUGGGAACGAGCUGUUUUCAUUAUGUUGUGAUCAUGAGGGGAAGCUUGUUGUGUCAUCUUGUAAGGCCCAAUCUGCAUCAGUGGCAGAAAUAUGGCUUUGGCAAGUGGGUUCAUGGAAGGCAGUUGGUCGUUUGCAGUCACACAGCUUAACAGUGACACAGAUGGAAUUCUCUCACGAUGACAACUUUCUUUUGGCGGUCUCAAGGGAUCGCCAGUUUUCUGUCUUCUCAAUCAAGCACACAGGUGUUGACGAAAUUAGUUAUGAGCUUCUAACAAGACAGGAGGCUCACAAAAGAAUCAUAUGGGCAUGUUCUUGGAACCCAUUUGGUCAUGAAUUUGCCACCGGUUCAAGGGACAAGACUGUGAAGAUCUGGGCUAUUAUAGAGAAGGGAUCUUCAGUUAAGCAGCUCAUGACUCUGCCACAGUUCAACAGUAGUGUCAAUGCUCUAUCUUGGGUCGGUCUUGAUCGUCCGAGCAAUCACGGAUUUCUUGCAGUUGGAAUGGAAACUGGACUCAUUGAAUUGUGGAGUCUUUCCGUUAACAGAACUGAAGAACAUGCAACUGCCUCUCUCAUCAAGCAGUUGGAUCCAUUAAUGUGCCAUGUUUCGACAGUGCAUCGUUUGGCGUGGAGAAACUCUGAGAAGAGUCUAGACUCAAGGACGGUGCAGCUUGCUUCUUGCGGAGCUGAUCAUUCUGUGAGAGUGUUUGAGGUACAUCUUGAUUAGUGGAACACUAAUUGUUGUAUUUUCUGUAUACAGAGGAUUCUUUUACUAAUUUAGUUUACAGAGAAAUUUCAUUUCACAGAGACAGAUUCUUCUUUGUAUACCUUUUUGUGAGCUUUGGGGUUGAUUAAAUUUUGAUUUUCUUCUGUGGUAGUACACGUUAGUGCUGUGAGUGGCUUAUUAGUUUGACCUCCAGCUUUAAGUCUCUUUUUUCUUUUCUUUUCUUUUCUUUGUCAGUUUUAGUGAAAUUUUUAGGAGCUGAACGUAAAGAAUUUUGAGAAUUAUUUGGAAAAAGUUUAUGAAAUACAAAAAAAAAAA